AAUAAUGUUUACUUUUAAGAAAAACACAAUUUCUGGUACAGAAAAUUUGCAUUAAUAACCUAUUGAAGUAAACGUAUUUUGUCUGUGUGCAUGUACAGUAUAUACAGUAUGUGUAGGUGUGUGUAUACAUUCAUAUAAGUAUGUAUGUCGUAUUGUAUAUGUAUCUUUAAUACAGCCUUAUGUUUACAACGCUAUAGGUAUGAAAACAGCCACUGUUAUCGCACAUUCAUUUUUAAAUUCUUUAUUUAGUCCAUACACAUUAAAUUAAUACUACACGGUAAUCUUAAAAACAACUACAUAACUAAAUUAUCAUUUAAAAGUAAGAUGGAGAAUUUAGUUUUUAAAAAUUAUUUCCCAGCAUCAAGUUUUCAUCUCACACCAAAUAAUGUCACUUUUCUAAGUUCAACAUUUUCAUUUGUUUGCUGGUUUAUUGUUUGUAGUGCGAUUAACUGUACACAAAAUUUUAAAGGAAGUUUUUUAAUCUACCAAUCAAUUUUAUGGUGUGGCAAAAACAGGAUAUAAUAUGAAUUAUUAGAAUUACCUGCUAUGACCUUGGUGACCAAACCAAGCUCUCUUGCUCUCUUGCGCUCUCUUGUGGGACGCGGGGAAAAUUCAUAUUUUCACAUUUACAUUUACAUUCCAUUUGAAUAAAUCUGAAACAUACCAUGCACAAUUAAUACAACAUUCAGAAAAAUAUGUAGCUACAUGUGAGAUUAUGAAAUAGGAUGACUGGUCUUUUUAUUUAUUUACUUGUUUUUUUGCUGCAAUGCAUGUCUGUUGCUCACAUAAGCACAGGGAGCACGGAAUCAUGGGAUCACUUGCAAAUUGAAUGUGGAACGGGCAGUGGAAUUCUAAUGUUGGUCAUCUUGGUGGUACUUGGAGAGCUCAAUGUUUUCUCAGGUGGCACAGAGUAUAAAAAGUUUGAGAACCACUAAACUAGAUGAUUACCCUUAUCAGACAUACAGUAGCUAUUUAAUCACAUAACCUGAUAUAUUCUACCUCCUCCUGACCUUUCUUUUGAGUAAAUAUUAACCUUUCAGCAAUACAAAACCAAAAAUAUGAAUAAUUCACUACGUUAAUCUUCUCAAAGUUUUAUAAGACCAUCUGUGUUUUCUAUCUUUGAAAAGAAUGUGGCAAGGCAGGUAGAGUUAUGUUUUGAGCUCACGGUUUGUACCAUGAGGAGAUGAAGAUAAAUAUUGCAGAUUUUUCUCAGAUAACCAUGUCAGUAAACUCAAAUGAAAAAAAAAAGAGAAAAAGAAAAGCUGACCUAAGGAUGAACUUUAAACAUAAGCUAACAGAUUUUUGGUUUUAUAGAAGCCUCAACAGCUUUAGUGAAAUUCAUCCAGGAAAUAGUUAAGUCAUAGCUUUGCUUAUAAUUUCUUUAAACAAUUCAAACUGGGCUCAUCCUUUAUUUGCCAUUACAUUUUAUGAAAUUCAUAUUUUUUAAUUGGUUGCUCACUGUUGUUGAUAAGUUGCCGACAGUUGACUAUAAAUCGUUUGUUGUCUCCCUUUUUUAUUUGCUAGUACAGAGAACCAGUAAUAGAAGUCAGAGAUUUUAAACAACAUUGAUACACCGUAGACCAGGGGUCACAAACCUUUUUUUUUAAACCGAGAGCUACUUCAAGGGCACUUAGUACUACAGAGAGCUACUUGUUUAAUACAGACUUCACAAACAAUGUAAUAAUAAUCUGUUCUGGGACAUAAAAUAGCAGACGCUCUCGUUACCAUUGUCAUUGCACCCAUUCGAAUAUUGUUGCAAGUGUAACUGAUUCAAAAAGACCCUCUUGACCCUCUAGUUUUAUUUUAAGAACAUAAACUGUGGGCACCUAGUCCAUGGGGACUACCAGGCACCCCCGGGCACGACGUUGGUGAACUCUGCUUUAAACGUUGAUGUAGGCCUUUUUACCAAUUGUUUUUGUACAAAUUGUUUGUGAAAGAGCAAUACGAGCAGUACAGAAUGUUUGAAUUAAAGCGAUUGGGUCAGGUUUGACGAGACAGAAAGCGAAGCAAAAGACCUGAUUAUCUAUGGACGUCAUAAAUAUUUGAAUUUGUUUUUUGUCACUCAUGUGUAACAUGAGAUCUGAGCCCUCCUGCAGCGCCACAUUCUUCUUGAUCAUAGGAUUAACUGGGUAAAUGUAUUCGAUAAAAUCGCCUCACAUGUCUAAAAGAAUUCAGCUAAUACAAGUGACAAGCCCGCUUAAACUUUUGCAAAGUCUUAUGUGACUCAGGUCAAAAUUUCAUGAAAAGUUUUGGAUCUCAAUUAUUAAUUGCCAUCCUAUUUAAAGGAAAAUGAGGUGGUUGAUUUUUUUUUUACCACACAGCACCAUAUUUAUGCAGUUACAACCAAAACAGAAACAGUAUUAAAUCUUUAUUAUUCUAAAUUAUAUUAGAUGUUCAUUCUUUCAAUGGAAAUGAAAUGUAAAACAUUCUAAAUAUUAAAGUCUCCCUUUAAUUAUAUAUUAAGCUGUAUGUUAAAUUAUAUCUAAAAUGAUACUUUUUGAUGAAUCAUUAAACAUUUGGUUUUGGAUUAGAGUUGUUCUAAAUUCCUUUGUAACCAUCAAAUGGGAGAAGCCAUGUUCUGAAUGGUCACCCUACAAUAGCACACCCUUUUCCUGAUACUGUUAGUCACGCAUCUGCACCUGAAAGCUAACCACUGCACGGUAUAUAAAGAGUUCAGCUUCCAGUACUAGCCUUCAGUACUAACCUUCAGCUCAAGAUGAGGCUCCUUUCUCUGAUGUUCAUCUAUGCUUUCUUCAGCACAGCUGGAGCACUCUCUUGUCAUGUUUGCCAGAGUUUGUCAUGUGAACAAACAAUUUCAGCUUCAUGUCCCGAACAAAAUAUGUGUGCAACAGCUGGGCUAAAAUAUACUGCCUUCGGAAACACUGCGCAACAAACCUUGAAGGUCUGUGCGUCAUCCUCCUUGUGUCAAGUCGUAGGGACCCAGGAAUUUUCACUGAACAUCGAUUUUGUCAGUGCCCAGGCUUCUAUUAGCUGCUGCAACACAGACAACUGCAACCAAAGAAGUCCAGCUAAUAUUUCUGGAGAUCAAGCUGUUAAUGGUCUUAAGUGCAUGGCUAUAAAUCCUACACAACAACAGACAACAGUGGAGUGCAAGGGAAAAGAGAAUCGUUGCCUAGCAGCAGGACUGUCAGUGUAUUCAAACCAAUAUUCUGCCUAUGGUUGUGUGUCUGACAACAUGUGUCAAGCUGCCACCUUACUGAACGAACUACCUAACUUGGACUUUGUCAACAUCACAAGAGAACCAACCUGUUGCGAGAUAGAUUUAUGUAAUGCACCUACUUCCUUACAACCCUCCACCCCUCACCCCCCGACUACCAGCAAUGCCGUCUAUACCAAACAGCAUGUGACCUAUCUGCUAAUUGGACAUCUGGUCUUAACUCUACUCAAAAAGUUGUAGUGAAGAGAGUUCAAUCUUUUGAGUGAAAAAGACUAGACUAUCUAGAGUCAAUGCUUUAUAUAUUUGCUCAGAUAUAAGUAAAUGUGCAUUUGAAUAACAACAAACGUAUAAGUUGCUUUGGAUAAAAGUGUCUUCUAAAUCCUUAAAUGUAAAUGUUAUGACAUUGCUCUAAAUGUUAUUCUUGUGUUUAAUCAACAAAACCACAAUAAACCAAUGCAUAAAAAUAACAUGCUCUAUA